UCUAUAACAUCAAAACAAACUCUAGAAGAAAAAAAGUUGUAAGGUAUGUUUUGACACGAAAGAUCUUUCUUAAGCACUCACAAGCUUACAAAUAUAAUUAUAGGAGAAAUUAUCAUUUUAAAAACAAACAACGUAAGCCAGUAGAAACAUAUUUAGCUGGCAUAAUUUUUAUAUUAUGGCACAUCUAACGAUAAAACAGUCAGAUCACUGUAUUCAUUUAAUGGCAUUGUUAAGAAAAUAAGAAAUGAAGGUCUGAAAAGGAAAAUAUGUCAGAUCAAAGCAUGACACAGCAUGACAUGAUGGUGCAGGGAACAAAUUCCCCUACAUCUCAUCCUGACACCAGGCUAUCUGAGAUAAGAAUGGUGAUGUUUGGGGGUCGGCAGUUAAUGGGAGUUUUAGAAGCAAGUGGAAAAAGUUCAGCAGGAAACAUCAUUCUGGGGAGAAAUGCUUUUGAUAUUAGUAGAAGAACUGCACGAUCUGUUCAAGCUACAGGGGACGUACAUGGAAGACGUCUGACAGUUGUCGACACUCCAGGCUGGUGGUGGCAUUACUCGGUGGAAUUCACUCCUAUGUUUGACAGACGGGAAAUCAUAAGAAGCCCAGCACUAUGUCUUCCCGGACCUCACGCCUUCCUUCUGGUCAUACCUGUAGAUUUAGCAUUUCCAAGUAUCUACAGAAUGACUCUGGAACAACAACUGAAUUUUUUGUCUAAUGAGGUCUGGAAACACAUUGUGUUGUUCACUUCUACUGAGCCGUGUGAUGAGAGCUCUUUGGAGAACAAGGUCAGAAAAUGGCCAGAUGUCAAACAGCUAAUCGGGCGGUGUCACAACAGAUACCACAUUCUUAAUAUUCACAACCAGAGCGACAACACUCAAGUGAUCGCACUGCUGGAAAAGAUUGAGAAAAUGGUGGCACAAAACAAUGGUCGUCACUUUAAGAUUGGCAGGAACAUCUAUGUGGUGGAUGAGAGAGAGAAGGUAAAUAGAGAAAGAGCGAAUCAAAGAAUUCUUGCUGGGAAGAGGCAAAGAGCUGAACUCCGAGCACAAAUCAGAGAUGGGCCACAACAUCUGACUGAUAUAAGGAUUGUGAUACUUGGAGCAGCAUGGGCUGCAAGGAGCUCUGCAGGCAACAUCCUUCUGGGAAAAGAAGCUUUUAAAGUUGACAAUUCAAGAACAACAGUGUGUUGUGAGGUAAAACAUGCUGAAGUUUACGGGAGGCAGUUGACCGUGGUCGACACUCCGGGCUGGUUCUGUAACGUUCCUGUCGAGAACACAUCACAGCUGGACAAACUGGAGAUUAGACGUAGUGUAUGUUUAUGUCCACCUGGUCCACAUGCUAUUCUAUUGACUAUUCCCAUUGCCAUAACAUAUGACAAGACUUAUAACAAGGUUGUGGAGGAACACGUGGCCCUCUUAGGGAAAAGGGUCUGGAAUCAUACAGUUGUGCUGUUUACCAGAGGAGACCGGCUUGGAGAUACAACCAUUGAGGAACGUAUUGAAAAUGAGGGAAAGCAACUGCAGUGGCUUAUUAAAAAGUGUGAGAACAGAUAUCAUGUCUUCAACUGCAAGCAGAACACAGACAGCACACAAGUCCUGGAACUGCUUGCAAAAAUUGAGGAAGUCAUGAUGGAAAACAAUGGCUGUCAUUAUGCACCAGAGACGGACAGCAGUCCAUCCACAGAGCUCGAGCUAAACAUGAAAACGGCCAAAAGAAACAUGAUGAAAGUGAGAAGGCAAAGAGAUAUCCUUCAAGAACUGCUGAAGGAAAGAAAAUACACUCUCUCAGAUGCGAGGAUUGUGCUUCUUGGAGGAGGAAGAGUCGGAAAAAGCACGUCAGGAAACGUCAUUUUGCAAGGACAUUUGUUUGAGAAGACACCUGAAGAGGAUUUUAUUAUCCGCACAAGAACAAUGCAAUGCGUGAUGAAACAGGGGCAAAUUGAAGGAUGUCAGGUCUCAGUGGUGGACACACCAGGCUGGUCCACAUCAACUCUGGAAAAUGCAAAAGAAAUCUUACAUAGUGUGACAGUUUGUUCCCCAGGACCUCACGCAUUCCUGCUAGUGUUGCCUGUAGACGAAUCGUUCUCGAAAAGAUCCCAACGAACAGUGGAGGAGCUCAUGAGCCUAUUUGGUGACAAUGCUUGGAAACACACUAUAAUAUUAUUCACUCAUGGACACUGGUUGAUGGACAGAACGGUUGAGGAGUACAUCGCAUGUGAAGGAGAAGCUCUGCUAGAGUUGAUAGAAAGAAAGUUUGGAAACAGAUAUCAUGUGCUAAAUAAUGACUGGACAAAUAGAUUUCAAGUAACAAAUCUGCUCAAGAUGAUAGAACAAAUGGUGGCUAGAAACAGAGGUGAAUACUUCACUCUGAAAAACAAAGAAAGCAAGCCGACAACAGCGACGACGACAAAGACAACAACAGUGCAUCAAAUGUUUAAUGAGACCCUGGAAGACGAGUGGAAAAAACACGAAGAUGAACUCAUAGAGAGGAUGUUGGAGGCAGCAACAGUGGAUCUGAAUGAAGAAACCGAGGAGUUAUAUCAUAAACGAAGAGGAAGCAUUAAUCUCACAAUCCCAGAAAUGAGUGAAGAUUCACUAUUAGAUGGAGCCAGUUCGGCUGGAGCUGAUCCCCUGGACCCUGCUGACAAAGUAUGUCGAUGGCUCAGACCUAGACGUGCAGCGUCAUCAUCGUCUGGACACGGCACCAUGAGCACUACAUCAAGCUGUCAAGAUCCGAACAGGGAAAGUCUGAAAGAUGAUAUUCCAGCUCACAAACACACUCCCAGUGACAUGGACAAUAUGAAAUAUGGCACUAACAUAACAGAGCAAAGGCAUACAAGAUCAUUUUCAUUUUAGAUAUGACCUGUGCAUCGCAUUGGUUAACUAUGGACCAUUUUAUGUCCCAGGGGUUCUUGAAAGUUCAUUAUUAGAAAUUGUAAUGUUUGAAUUUUUCCCACAUUUUUCUUUUCAAGUUUUUUUUUUUAAGUAACAAAGGUU